UCUUAUUGUCUGUUUGGUUAGUUAUAACUUGUAUUAUUUUUUUAAUAUUUUAAGAAGUGAUAAAGAAUGAUGUCCGGAAUUCUGAAACGCUCAGUGUCGAGUGGAAGCAGAGGAGCUAUGGAUCCGAUAGACCAGUUCCUAGAGCAGUACUUUCUCUUCCGGAAGCACACGUCGAAAGACUCGUCGAAUUUGUUUCGCGUAAUAGCUGAGCAUGUUUACGACACCCAGAUCCUGCACUACGAGGUCCGCAAGGAGUGCGUGCGCUACAUGUUCCGGAAAAGGCGUAGCUUCCAACGAUUUGUAAGUGGCGACUAUGACGAGUACCUGAUUCAGCUGCAGAAGCCCAGGACGCGGGGCACCGUGCUCGAAUUGCGCGCGAUGUGUCACCUGUACCGCCGAAAUGUCAUCAUUUACGAACCCUACAAUCUGGGUCAGCAUAUAAUCUACGGCAAGGAUUACCCAGAGACGCUACGGAUUUUCUUGGACCAUAAAGGUCGCUUUGACUCUGUGCUAACCAUGUCGGAGAUGGAUAUGGCCGCCGUUGCUCAGGCCGUUUCCUUCAACCUGCUCUACAUAAAGGUCUUCCGUCUGCCGGACGUCAACCUCGCAGUGGAGUGGAUGCUGUAUCCACAGGCCUUUAGGUGGGGCACCGACAUCGAGCUCGAUCAACAAGGAAGAGUCAUCCGUUUGCUGUGCAGCAAUGGAAGGAGCUUUAAGCUAGAUCGUCCGGAGGACACAAGAUGUAUCCUAAAAACCUACAGGGAGUGCCCGUUUCACAAUCGUAGGCUGGACCUGCACGAAAGGAGGUUGGAGCCCAUGCCCUUGUCCUGCACGCGGCGCAUUCUCGAGGAGAAUCGCCUGCCUAUUCCAUAUAUGGUAGCCAAAUCAUUGAAUCCGUAUAUGUACCGAAACGUGGAGCUCACCUGUCUGAUCGCAGAUAGCCGCGAAGCAAAAUCCAUGAAUCUCUAUACGGGCGACUACAACUUUAAGGUGGGGGCAAAGUGCCAGGUGGAGUUGCUAGACGACGGUCACAGGGAUCUGAGCAUUUGCCACAUCCAGGAAAUCAGCGAAGACAAAGUUGCAUGCCAGGUCUUCGUUGAAGGGCUGGGCGAAUUCCUUGAUGUGCCCUAUGAUAGUUUACAUCCACUGCCGCCCAACGAAUUCAUUCCCUGGGAACGUCCACCCAGGUGUCGAGCUUCCAAAAUGAGUCGCCAGAAGCGACAUGCACCCCAGAUGAAUAAUUUAAGCAAUUUCCAGCCGGGUCGACAAUACCAACGCCUCAAAAAAGCGGCACCGGAUCAAAAUCGAAGAUUGGAAAAGGCCCCGAAUAAAUUUCAAACAGCGAAUGCGCCUGCACAGGUUAAUCAACAGAUGCCGCUGCCUAUCCCGAAGCUUGCAAUUGCUCCGCCAAAUCCGCAGUACAUGGCACCCCCACCGACGUCCUUUUCACGCCCGGUUUACGUACCAGCUGCGCAGCCUCAAGGAUUUAUACAACAUAGCCGGCCUUUGAUGCCCAGGGCCUAUCAACUCGGACAGCUAAUGGUUCGUCCACCCGGACCCACUUACUUUGUCGCUCCGCCCGGAGGUUGUCCUCAAACCGGAAAGAUGCCGCUCCCUUAUGUGGUGCACAAUUCGCCAAUGAUGACUAACUCUCCAAAUAGUCCCGACUCGACUGCUAAAUAGUGGAAUGCAUUUUUUAAUCCUAUACUUUUUAAGCUUUGAUGCAUGUAAAUUUU